AUGCUGCUCCCCUUGAAGGAGCGUCAGCCUGCCGGAAACGACGCCAGCCGCACUGUGACACUCCUGAAGCGACAAAUAGUGGAAGAUGGAACAAAAGCCCAGACACUGUUGCUCCAAGCGUUCCACUUCGAGCUUUUCAAUGCCAUCAAGUCAGAUCUCGGGGGCCAGCAACACCAGCACCGGGCAAGUAACAGACGCCGUAGCAGUUGCCGUAGAAAAAAGAAAAAGAUUAAGAAAAUUGAACCGGUGGAUGGGAGUUCAUUAAAAAUGGAGGAACAGGAUGUGAGGAAGCUGAUUCGCCUUUACCAAAAGCACGAUAAUCUAUACAACCCAAGGAACCCGUUCUAUGGUAACAAGGAGUACGAUGAGGAUUGCUACAAUGGCAUGGUUCGAUCAUUUCCCGGCCACACCAGCGCAGGACUCAAGAGCCGGCUUGAGGAGCUGCGCAGCCUGUUCGAGAGAGAGUAUACCAUCAUCGAGAUUGCCCAUUGGAAAUACGGUGAAAUAAUGACUCCGUCGAUUCGAUAUUACAACGAAUUUCUAUUCCUGAUUCCCUAUCUGAGCAUAAAUUUCGAUAAGACAUGGUCUGAUAGCUCGAGCCAAGACAGCAACUUUAAAGAAAAGUCUUCAUCCAAGGAUAUUCAGAACCAAGUGGUCAAGCCAAACGCUUGCAUUGCCGGAUACCCAUUGACUUCUUUUCCCAAAUAUUUCUCGUUCAUGGGUAAAAAGUGUAGAAAAAAUAAAAGGAUUGAAAUAGAAGACGAAUCUUCAAAAACGGAAAAUACCUCUGAAAACAAUGGGCAACCAUCCGUAACCUUUGCACCCUCCCCAGAACUAUGCGUUUGUCCUCCGGAUGAUCAGUCUAACAAGGAUUCAUCUCCUAAGAUUCAGUACAUUGAUUGCCAAAAUUAUCAAAACUCCAAAGUGUCUGUGCAGUCCUCGUGCUACUCCAACGAGCGGGAUUUAACGACUACGGAUCUCUCUUGCCCUUUCCGGCCGGAUAAGUCACCAUGUGUGCCGGAAUGUCGUUUGAAUGAAUCCCCCACUCCCCCGCAGGCAAAUAAUUCGAUUCCACCGGAGACUGCACUCCCUGAGGCAAAUAACCCGAAUCCACCGCAGGCUAAUAGUUCUAUUCCCCCUGUUCCUCCGACCCCAAAUGGUCAGCAGGUGCAGAUGCUCUGCGACAUGAUCCGUAUGGAACUAACUACGGCGCCGGAUUUCAUUUACUUUGAUGCCAAGUGGCAGAUUAUUGAAAUUCUGCGGGAGGUCCACAAGCGGCAGUUGGUCCUCCAAAAGGCUAAGCCCCUGAAUAAUCAGGUCAAAAAAGUGGCUUGCGUUAAUGCCAACUGUCCACUGAAGAACAAGCUGGAGAAACGGCCACCUCCAAAGGUCGAAAUGGGAGGCAUAAACUGUCCCUACUGCUGCCGGAAUGCAAACUGAAACCCCAACCA